CCGCCCAGGCCCUGUCCGACGACACCGACCCAGCCGCCAGGCCCUGUCCGAGACACCGACCCAGGCCUGUCCGAGACACCGACCCGGCCCUGCCGAGACACCGACCCGCCGCCCAGGCCCUUCCGAGACACCACCCAGCCGCCCAAGGCCCUGUCGAGACACGACCCAGCCGCCCAGGGCCCCUGUUCCGAGACACCGACCCAGCCUGUCAGGACACCGACCAGCCGCCCAGGCCCUGUCCGAGACACCGACCCACCCUGUCCGAGACACCGACCCAGCGCCCAGCGCCCUGUCCAGAGACACCGACCCAAGGCCCUGUCCGAGACACCGACCCAGGCCGCCCAGGCCUGUCGAACCACCGACCCAGGCCCAUGUCCGAGGACACCGACCCAGGCCCUGAUCCGAGACACCGACCCAGGCCCUGUCCGAGACGCCGACCCAGGCCCUGUCCGAACACCGAGCCCAUGCGCCUGUCGAGACACCGACCACAGCCGCCCCAGGCCCUGUCCGAGACACCGACCCAGGCCCUGUCCGAGACACCGACCCAGCCGCCCAGCCGUCUGCACCCUAAAUGGCACCAUAUUCCCUAUAUAA